AUGGCUGAGACUACAGAAGUCAAUUUUCAUGUUAGGGUGCCUGAUGCUGCAGCAUGGGAGCAUGUUUUCAUUGUUGGAUCACACGAAAAACUAGGAAACUGGAUAGCUGCUCAGGCCUAUGCCUUGAAUCGUAAAGAAAAUGAAAUCUUCGAAGCCGUUGUAUCAUUCCCGAACAGUGUAUCAGAAGUAUUUUAUCGUUAUAUAGUUGGAAGUUAUUUGGAUGCAGCAGAUGGAACAGAAAAUAAGAAGUUAAUAAUAAACAGAUGGGAAUCUAUAUUGAAACCACGAAGAUGUAUGCCAAAGAUGCAAACAAAGUUGAAGGAAGAUGUUUUUGGUAGUUAUGAUGGCAAGAAACUAAUAUCGAAUGGAUGGAUUUCACAAGCUGAUGAACAUGUUGUAUUAUUAAGAAUACAUGGAGAAGCGUUGAAGUUCUAUAAGCCAAGAUUCAAAGAACGGGAGCAUCGUCUUAAAGUUGUACCAUUCGAUGUCAGAUUCCGAGAGAUUUAUUCAUAUUAUACAUACGCCUCGAGACCUUCUCUCCCUCGAAAACUAUUGUGGCGUUUGUCGUCAGUUUAUCAAGCAUCGAAAGAUAGCGUUGAUGAAGAUAAUGUACCGGAGAACGAGAGAGACCCAACACUACCUGAAGUUCCAUCGUUCUCAUCUACUGAGCUAUCGGUUCUGACGCGUGAAGAUCCUAUUUUCGGAGAACAGUAUGUGAAUGGAUCAGUUUUCCGCAACAACACGGAUUAUCUCGUUUUCAAAACUAGGAGUGUUUCAAUUGAACAUUUGGCUUUCCGUAUUGAACUGUAUCAUAACCAUACACGAAUAGGAAUUGCUUAUGCGUUACCCGCAGCUCUACCUGACACGUAUGGGAAGAUUACUUUUCCAAUCAUUUCCACACAUCAUACGCCAAUUGGACAAAUAGAUGUUGAUUAUAUGUUAGUGAAGCAUUUGCCAAUCGAGGUUCCGCUGAGAGAUUGCCUCGCAAAAUCUUAUGGAAAACAUUGGAGGAAAAGACAAACUCUUGAAGUUGGACAUCGGGGAAUGGGAAGCUCGUAUACCAAAUGCGCCAAUUUUAGAGAAAAUACAAUACAUUCCUUGAACGAAGCUGCCAGAAAGGGAGCCGACUAUGUUGAGUUUGAUGUUCAACUCACCAAAGAUUUGGUUCCGAUAGUUUAUCAUGAUUUUCACGUCUUAGUAGAAGUCACCAGUCGUAGUGUGAAAGGGUUUCCUCUGAACGGGGAACAUAAGCAUCAUCAAAUGGCUAUAAAGGAUUUGAAGUUAUCGCAGUUAAAUUUACUUCACUUGGAACAUCUGGCUCACUCGACAGUUGAUGAAAACACGUUGAGGGUAGUUCCAUCUGAGGCUGACACUUCUGAUGAUCUUCUGAAUCCUUUCCCAACGCUAGAUACCGUUUUGGGACAAGUCGAUGAUAGUGUAGGUUUCAAUAUAGAAGUCAAAUAUCCUAUGUCCAUGAAGGAUGGAACUCAUGAGUGUGCUGGAUACUUCGAGAGAAAUGUGUUUGUUGAUACUAUCCUAACGAGUGUUUUCAAACAUGCCAGGGAUCGGAGAAUUCUUUUUUCAAGUUUCGAUCCCGACAUUUGUACAUUGAUUUCUCAGAAACAACACACUUUCCCCGUUUUAUUUUUAGUUGUUGGGGAAACAGCUAGAUACAUUCCAUUCGAGGAUAUUCGCUCCGAUUCUUCGAAAAUAGCCGUGCACUAUGCAGCAGCUAGUUCUUUAUUAGGAGUCAACUUCCACUCCGAAGAGCUUCUCAAAGACCGAACCCCAUUGCAACGAGCAGAUAAAUAUAACUUAGUGAGCUUUGUUUGGGGUGACGACUUGAAUACCAAAGACAAUCAGGAAUUUUUCAAAAAAGAAUUGAAGGUUGAUGGAUUAAUCUAUGAUCGCAUUGGGGAAGACGGACCUAGGCAAAAUGUUUUUGUUGUUGAGAGAGAACAACGAGCUGCUCUGUUCUCUCAACCACCCUCUCCUAGAGUCAGCAGGCGAAACAGCUUAGUGGAUAAAGAAAAAGAUAAUUGCAUUGUGAGGAUUUCCCGUAAAGAAAAAGAUACAUCCCCUCAUACAAUGAUUCCAUCUCCAAGACGAUCCAAUUCCCUUUUCCAUGGACCAAGCACUCCAUCUUUGUUGUAA